AACCUCCAAUCUAAAGUUCUGUGUGCAAAAUUACUUGCUUGCUAUUUGCUGCAUAUAAAAAUGAAAGGCAUGAAACUAACAGUCAAGAGCCUGUAAUUAUUUCUAUGCGAGACGUACUUUUACUUUGAAGGCCUUGAGUGAUCAUUCUUCUUAAAUUAUUAUUUUAAGUUCAAGUUUAUACGAUGGCAGAUAACCAAGAAACUAUACUUUUAAAGAUAAAAGAACAAGGCGAUCUUGUUAGAAAAUUAAAAGCUGCGAAAGAAUCAAAUGAGAAGGGAAGGAAGAAAAAUUUGCAUUACAAUUUACCAGAGAUUGAUGAAUGGUUACGUGAAUAUAGCUACAUAUGCGGCUACGAGCCUAGUUGUAGUGACAUAGACCUCUUCAAUGGGUUAGGAAUAAAUAUAGAUUUUCAAAAAUACAAAUAUAUCAAGAGGUGGUGGUACCAUAUGCGGAGCUUCAAUGACUCUGAAGUAUCAUUAUUCCCUAAAUUAGAUUCUCCUAAAGUGAUGCAAAAAGUGAAAGAUGAGACACUACUUGACCAGCAGAUUCAAGAAGAAGUAGCAAAGCUGUUGGCACUAAAAGCACAGCUGGCUCCAGAAGAUGCAGCGCCACAAAAGUUCAGUCUUAAAACGCCAAAGGGUACGAGGGACUACAACCCUCAACAGAUGAGUUUGAGGAAUGGGGUACUGGAUAAAAUAGUAGCAAUCUUCAAGAGACACGGAGGUGAAUGUAUUGACACACCUGUGUUUGAAUUAAAGGAUGUAUUAACUGGAAAGUAUGGAGAAGAUUCAAAGCUCAUAUAUGACUUGAAGGACCAAGGUGGUGAGAUCUUAGCCUUAAGAUAUGACUUGACAGUGCCAUUGGCAAGAUACUUGGCUAUGAACAAGAUUAACACAUUGAAGAGAUACCACAUUGGAAAGGUGUACCGUCGCGAUAACCCGGCGAUGACUAGGGGGCGAUACAGGGAGUUUUAUCAGUGUGAUUUCGAUAUAGCAGGUCAGUAUGACCCGAUGGUGCCAGAUGCGGAAUGUUUGAAGGUGGUCACAGAGAUUCUGGAGUCGCUUGAGAUUGGCCAGUAUGUGUUGAAGGUGAACCACAGACGGCUUCUCGACGGUAUGUUCGAAGUUUGUGGGGUGCCAGCUGAUAAGUUCAGGACAGCUUGCUCAGCGGUUGAUAAGUUAGAUAAGUCGCCGUGGGAGGAAGUGAGAUCAGAAAUGAUAAAUGAGAAACAAAUAUCUCCUGAUGCGGCGGACAGGAUCGGAGAGUACGUGCGUCUGAACGGUGGCGUCGAACUGGUUGAGAAACUACUCAAAGACGAGAAACUGUCCAAAACGAAGGCUGCCGUCGAAGGCCUUGAAGGCGUGAAGCUUCUGCUAGAGUAUUGUGAACUCUUUGGUAUCAAGGAUAAAAUACUCUUCGAUCUAAGUCUUGCGAGAGGCUUGGACUACUACACUGGCGUUAUUUAUGAAGCUGUCUUAACGCAGCCAAUUAAAAUCGGCAAUGAAGACCAAACUGUUGGAUCCAUCGCUGCUGGCGGCCGAUACGAUAAUCUUGUUGGAAUGUUCGACUCUAAACACAAACAGGUUCCCUGCGUAGGCCUCAGUAUUGGUGUAGAGCGUAUAUUCUCCGUCAUGGAAGCUAAGUUAGCGGCCGGCGUGAUCAGCGUGCGUACCAAUGACAUCGACGUGUACGUUGCGUCUGCGCAGAAGAACUUCUUGGAGGAGCGCAUGAAAAUAUGCGCAGAGCUGUGGAAUGCUGGUAUUAAGACUGAGCAAUCAUACAAGAAGAAUCCUAAAAUGCUAAACCAACUGCAGCACUGCGAGGACAACGGCAUUCCUAUCGCCGUAGUACUAGGCGAGUCCGAGCUCAAAAGGGGCGUGGUCAAAGUUCGAAACGUGACGUCACGGCAAGAAGACGAAAUACCAAGAGAAAAACUUGUUGAGGAACUGAAAGCAAGGAUCGCCGCGUUAAGUGUUAAAGACGUGAAUGGUUCCGCGUGAUGCAAUGCUUAUACAGUUCAAUUUAGGCGCCAAACUGUAGACAAUGACAUUAGAAUUGGUGAUGAAACUGUUUUAUAUCUGUUCGUCUUGGAUUACGUUUCUAGUCUUCUUUUAGGUUCGACAAGUUGCUAGUAGACCUGGGGCCAAACCACAGCUUCUUAAAGUAAUAUUGCCGUUGUCGAAGAGUGACACCACACUACUUUAUGUAGAGCGGCAUCUCUUUCACAAACGCACUUAUAUUAGUUUAGAAGGUUGUGGAAGGCCCUCUGACCUCUGCUUUUUUCUGAGUACAUCAAAUGUCGUCUUGUGACGUCAUAAUCUGAGAAUCCUUAAUAAAUUCACAGUACAUUGUUACAAUCGUAGUUAUUGUGUAUAGUUUGGCAAUUACCUGUUAUUUUCGAAGAUUUACAUAAUAAAUACAAGUGACCUGUCUCGUAAUAAGAAUGCAAUGUCAAAUUGACAGUAUUGGCUGCGUUCAAAAAUAACUUUUGUUGAGUGUUGAGAGUUCACAAUGGUAGCAUUUCAUACAUAUUUCAAAUAUUUAUUAAGUCUUUUUAUACCAGUUUGUUUUUAUUUAUAUAAUAUUGUACGAACGAAAUUCAUAAUUUUACAUAAUAAAUUAUGAACUAUCAAACAGAAUUAUUAUAACUUUAAGCAUUUAUUUUCAUCGCGUGCUGGUUAUACAAUUAUCAUAUUUUCAGUUGUUUUUAAUUCCAUGCGAAGCAACGCUUGUCAACCAAGAGUGUUAGCCUUCGAUAACACUUACCUACGUAUGUGCGAACCUCCAUGAUUUUAAAUACGAUAGUCACUUGGAGACUAUGUCAUCAGAAUCGGAAACUGGCAUGAUUUGUACGAAGGAAAAAAUUGGGUAUUUAACGAAAAUACUUUAAUUAGUCUGUAAGAUAGUUUCCCACAUUGCGAAUACAGGGAACUGAUUUUUUCUCAUGUUCUUCUCAUGAGAUUUAUCUGAUCAACAAAAAAUUAUCAUGAUAGAGUAGUGGUUUAGUAAUCUUCCUUAAAAAUAUUUCACUAUCUUUGCGUUUUAAUUUUUUUUUUAUCGUUUUCUACCUGACAGACUAAUUAGAUAUCUUUUAGGCAAAUAUCCUAGACGUUAUUGAUUAAUUCUGAAAAAGUUCCAGUAUAUUUAACAUGUACAACACAAAUAGAAUAAGUAGUAAGAAGUAUUGUUUUCAAAAUUAAAUUAGUAUUUUAGAGGUUUUACGUUAGAAUUCGAUGUUAGCUACGUUUAAAAAACAAUUUCCCUCUUUAGUAAUUUAUUUUAGAAAAUCUGUUUUAUAAGAAUAACAUGACUACUUAAUAUUUGUAUAUGAGUGAACUGAAUAUAAUUUGGUAACAUA